AUACAAAGAAACUACAAAGAAACAAAAUGGAGUCUAGGAAUUUUUCUCUCCCUUUCCUCUUCGUGAUUUUCAUCGCUUCUCACUUUUCAUUCUCGAGUUCUAAAAGGAUCUUAAACGAUCCCUACGUUUUCUCAUCGUCUCCGAGUUUGUCAAGCCUCAAUGCGGAGAGUCUUAUCAAUUCAUUCAAUCUUACGCCUCAGUAUGCUGUGAAUGUCAUCCAAAAAGGUAAUCCCAACGCUCCAAGACUCUUCGAGAGCCAAAUUGAUUUUCGCGCGAUGUUUGGUGACCAAAACGCUUCCGGUGGUCCUUCUGUCCAAGAGUUUGGCCACUAUGCGGGUUAUUACAGCCUCCCCCAUUCAAAAUCAGCCAAGAUGUUUUAUUUCUUCUUUGAGUCACGGAACAAUAGUGCUGAUCCCGUUGUGAUCUGGUUAUCUGGUGGACCGGGUUGUAGUAGCAGUAUCGCUAUGUUUUAUGAGAAUGGUCCGUUUAAGAUCUCAGAUGAUUUCUCUCUCUCUUGGAACGAUUUUGGUUGGGACAAGGUAUCCAAUUUAAUCUACGUGGAUCAACCAGUCGGAACUGGUUUCUCUUACACAAAGGAUAUAAGCGAUAUCCGGCUUGACGAGGCCGGUGUAAGCAAUGACCUUUACGAUUUCUUACAGGCUUUUUUCAAAGAGCAUCCCAAAUUCGCAAAGAACGAUUUCUUUAUUACUGGUGAAUCUUACGCUGGUCACUACAUUCCGGCUUUUGCUUCACGUGUUCACAGUGGAAACAAAAAGAAAGAAGGAAUCCAAAUCAACCUUAAGGGUAUUGCGAUUGGUAACGGUUUAACCAACCCGGAAAUCCAAUAUGCUGCGUAUGGAGACUAUGCACUGCAAAUGAAAUUGAUUACAGAAUCCGAUAACGAGGGUAUCAAGCAAGACUACGUUGAGUGUCAAAACUUCAUUAAAAAAUGCAAUCUUGGUGUUGCUUUAGCUUGUGCAUCUGGUUUCGAGGUUUGCAACAACAUUGUAACUACAAUAACGGAAAAAAACAAAGGCAUAAAUUAUUAUGACGUGAGGAAGAAAUGUGUUGGAAGAUUGUGUUACGAUUUUUCGAAGAUUGAAACAUUCUUGAACAAAGAAAACGUACGGAAAGCUUUAGGGGUUGGAGAUAUCGAAUUUGUGUCAUGUAGUAGCACAGUUUAUGAUGCAAUGACAAAGGAUUGGAUGGUUAAUCUUGAGGUCAAGAUCCCGGAGCUUGUCAAUGAUGGAAUCAGUCUACUAGUUUAUGCUGGAGAAUAUGAUCUUCUUUGCAAUUGGCUUGGAAACUCUAGGUGGGUUGAGGAGAUGAAUUGGUCAGGCCAAAAGGAUUUUAAAGCAGCCAAAAAUGUACCGUUAAUGGUAGAUAAUAAAGAAGUCGGUUUACUGAAGAGUUACGGUUCUCUCACUUUUCUUAAGGUUCAUGAUGCUGGCCACAUGGUCCCUAUGGAUCAGCCGAAGGGUUCUUUGCUAAUGCUUCAGUAUUGGAUGCGAGGAAUGCUUAAUUAGUAGUACUCCAAGCAGCUGCGGAUGUAGUAAAAGUAUCUUAUAUGGGACACAAAUUAUAUGUAAUAAAAUAUUAAUUAGACAAUAUAUUACAUAAAGAUAUAUUUUUGAUAACUUGAAA